AUGACUGUGUUCCAGACCAAGAACGGCGACAGCGCGCCCAAGUUUCUGAUCUACGGGAAGAAUGGAUGGAUCGGGGGGCUUGUUGGCGAGCUCCUCAAGAAGCAGGGCGCUGACUUUGAGUACGGCACUGCUCGCCUGGAGAAUCGCGAGGCUGUCAUCGCCGACCUCGAGAGGGUGAAGCCCACCCAUGUCCUGAAUGCUGCGGGUGUCACGGGCCGCCCCAAUGUGGACUGGUGCGAAGACCACAAGGUGGAGACCAUCCGCGCCAACAUCAUCGGCUGCCUCAACCUGGCAGACGUGACCCGGGAGCGCGGCAUCCACAUGACCUACUACGGCACCGGCUGCAUCUUCCACUAUGACGAAAAGUUCCCCCAAGGAUCCGGCAAGGGGUUCAAGGAGUCUGACACCCCCAACUUCACUGGCUCCUACUACUCCUACUGCAAGGCAAUCGUCGAGGGCCUGCUGAAGCAGUACGAGAAUGUCCUGGUGCUGCGUGUGCGCAUGCCCAUCGUGGAGUCGCUGGUCUACCCGCGCAACUUCAUCACCAAGAUCAUCAAAUACGACAAGAUCAUCGACAUCCCCAACUCCAUGACCGUGCUGCCGGAGCUGCUGCCUUACUCGCUGGAGAUGGCUAGGCGUGGGCUGACUGGCGUGAUGAACUACACCAACCCGGGCGCGAUCAGCCACAAUGAGAUCCUGGAGCUGUACAAGCAGUACAUCGACCCCGACUUCACCUGGUCCAACUUCACCGUGGAGGAGCAGGCCAAGGUCAUUGUGGCCCCCCGCUCUAACAACCUCUUGGACACCGCCCGCAUCGAGAGCGAGUUCCCUGAGAUCCUGCCCAUCAAGGAGUCGCUCAUCAAGUAUGUGUUUGAGCCCAACGCCGCUCGCAAGGCCGAGUGCUUGGCCGAGGUCAAGGCCAUGCGCGGCCGCUGA